AUGAUGUCAGUAGAAUUUGUAGUAACUGAUGUCACAUUGGUAAAAACCAUAAAAGUCAAGUUGGAAGAUUGUGGCCUAUUCGUUAAACCUAUUUAUUCCGAUAAGGAUGGAAUGGUUAUUAAAUCUUCUAUUGCAAGCCUAAAACAUCCAUUAGCUAUUGAAAUCGGCAAUGUUGCAGGCAUUAAAGCUCGGGUCCAUGAAGGUGAUAAGUAUGAACAUAAUAAUGGGCGUUUAGAACAUCAAAGCAACAGUAUUAUGGAAUUUACAAAAGGUUACUUGAGAGACCAUGUAUCCGGUAAUGAUGAGAUAUCUGUAUUAUGUUUAUUGGAUCAUUUACCCUUAAAGUACACGAUAUACCCCCCAUUGGUUCUGUUCAAUAAUUCUACGGUAAGGUCAUUCAAUCAUCCAAUCUGGCAGAAAGCGUUUAAAUUAAAAUUCGUCGAUCCAAAUGAGUUCUACAGCGAGUUAUUGUGUUUCCUUUGUCCCAAUAAUCCGAAUAAAAAUGCGAAUCGCCACUCCAAAGAUCGAUUGCUGACUCAUUUAGCUAUAAACAAUGCUAUUGUGGAGUCAGACAUUUUGCGAAGACCGUUCAAUAUUCAACCGUUAUAUGGGGAACUAAUUGAUAAGGAUACUUCAAACGGUGAUGAUUAUACGUUGUGGAAAAAUCCAAGUAAAGAACAACUAAGCUCAAGCAUAUGGUGCAAAGUCAUACAAAACGGCGUGACACAGAUUUGGUCACCAGUUUUUACUAUGUUUAGUAGGGGAAAUAUCAAGGAGAAGAAGAGGAUUCUGGCGACUUUCCCAGAUAUUUGCAAUAAUGAUGUGGUCGAUUUAUAUGCGGGUAUAGGCUAUUUCACUUUUAGCUACUUGGCAAAGAGCGCCAGGACCCUUUUUGCAUUUGAGUUGAACCCUUGGAGUGUAGAAGGACUGAAACGAGGGUUAAAGGCAAAUGGCUUUGAUAAAACUGGUAACUGCCACGUCUAUCAAGAAUCUAAUGAAAUGUGCAUUCAAAGAAUCACCGAAUUUCAAGCUCAGAAUCCAGGAUUUCAGUUGCGUGUUAGGCAUAUAAAUUUGGGCCUCCUUCCUUCAAGUAGGCAAGGAUGGCCAUUAGCAAUCAAGCUAAUUCAUCUGCAAGGAGCUUCCUUGACAACAGUGACGAUGCACAUACACGAAAAUGUACACAUAAAAGCAAUCAAUGAUGGAAGCUUCGAAAAGGAUGUCGUUACAGAAAUUGGCGCGAUUAAUGAGUCGAUCAUACUGACUGAAAAUCGUAACACAAAACUCCAAUUUGUAAAUUCUAAGCUUGAACGUAUAAAGACCUUUGCACCGGAUGUUUGGCAUGUAUGCCUUGAUGUCGACGUUAUAGUAAGUACAUAA